CCUCCGCCUCCCUCUUCAUUUUAGGGUUUAGGGUUUUAAAAGCCACUCGUGCUCUCCUUCUCCCCUCCCAUGGCGGUUCGGAGCUAGCGCUUCUCUCUAGGGUUUCUCCAUUUCUCCUUCCUCUCUAGGGUUAGGUUAGGGUUUUAGUCUCUUUCUAUCUCUCUCUCUCUCACUCUACAAUCAUCCUGUUUUAGGCUUAGGGUUUUGCUUCUUCUCGUUUGUAUUGCACUUGGAUCGCCAUGUGGGCGCUUCGCAGAGCUUCGAGCUCCAUGAGGAGCCACAGCCGCCAAAUUGUGGGUGUUCGUGCUUCAGUGGUCCAGGUGGAAAUACCAAGUGCCAACGUGGAGCAUCAGGGGAAAUACUGUCAAGGACCUGAUUGCCGCGAUCUACCAAAAUCGGUUUCAAGUAUCCGUUUUGCUUCUUCGAGAUCUUUCCUGUGGAGUAGGAAGCUUUCAUCUGAGGCCGGCGCUAAGUCCAGUGACAAGGAGGAUGACUUGGAGGAUGGCUUCUCUGAUCUCGAGGUACCUCCAGAAACUGAUAAUGCUGAAGACGUCAAAAAAAAAGAGGGAGAUGAGGAUUUGUUGUCUGAAGGAGAGAUAGCUGUAGAAGAAGAAGAGGAAUCCGAUGAAGUCGUUGAUAAUUCAAUUGACUUGUCCGACACAGAAUCAGAUGCCAAAAGUGAUAAGAUCUUGAGGAAGAAGAAUCUCGCGUCUCCUCUUUUCAAGAUUAUUAUGGAUUCUCCCAGGCAUAACAUGUCUGCUGCACUUGAGAAAUGGGUUGAGGAAGGUAAUGAGCUGGGACGAAGCGAAGUAUUUGUUGCCCUUCUUAAUCUUCGGAAACGGAAGUUAUAUGCGAAAGCACUGCAGUUUAUGGAGUGGCUUGAGACAACAAAGCGCAUCGAGUUUGGAGAGCGUGAUUAUGCUUCUCUCGUGGACUUGGUCAGCAAAGUCCAUGGCCUUCACAGGGCCGAACAGUACAUAAAAAAGAUCCCGGAAUCUUUUAAGGGAGAGAUCGUAUACAGGACUCUCCUGGCCAGUUGUGUCUCUGCCGUCAAUGUCACAAAAGCUGAGGAAGUUUUCAACAAAAUACGUGAUCUUAAUUUCCCAAUUACAACCUUUGCCUGUAACCAAUUAUUAUUGCUUUACAAAAGAGUUGACAGAAAGAAAAUAGCUGACGUCCUUUUAAUGAUGGAAAAGGAGAGUGUCAAGCCAUCUCUGUUCACAUACAAGCUACUGAUAGACACUAAGGGCAGUGCAAGAGACAUAUCGGGUAUGGAACAAAUCGUCGAGACGAUGAAGGCUGAUGGUAUAGAGCCAGACUUACUGAUCCAAGCUAUGGUUGCAAAACACUAUAUUGCAGCAGGUCACAAGGAAAAAGCAGAAGCUGCUCUCAAAGAGAUGGAAGGUGAGAAUAUAAAAGAGAACCGAGCGGCGUGUAAAGCCCUUCUUCCUCUCUAUGCUUCGCUUGGUAAAGCAGAUGAAGUGGGAAGGAUCUGGAAAGUAUGUGAAGCUAACCCUCGCCUCGAUGAGUGUCUAGCUGCAAUCGAAGCCUGGGGCAAGGUUGGCAAAAUAGAAAAUGCGGAGAAAGUCUUCGAAGACAUGUUUAAAACUUGGAAAAGGCUUUCUUCUAGGUACUACAAUGCUUUGCUGAAAGUUUAUGCGAACCAUAAGCUUCUCUCUAAAGGUAAGGAACUGGCAAAGAGGAUGUCAGAUAAUGGGUGCAGGAUCGGUCCUUUAACUUUGGACGCGUUAGUGAAGCUUUAUGUGGAAUCUGGAGAGGUCGAGAAAGCAGAUUCAGUACUGCAAAAGGCUUCUCAAAAUAAUCAGAUGAAGCCUCUUUAUAGCUCAUAUAUCACUCUGCUGGAUAAUUAUGCGAAGAGGGGAGAUAUCCAUAAUGCGGAGAAGAUAUUCCACAGGUUGAGGCAGAUUGGGUAUGUUGGGAGGAUGCGGCAGUAUCAGUCAUUGCUUCAGGCAUACGUAAAUGCAAAGUCUCCCGCUUACGGGUUUAGGGAAAGGAUGAAGGCCGAUAAUAUGUUCCCGAACAAGGCUGUGGCGGGACAACUGGCGGCUGUUGAUGCAUUUAGGAAGACGCAGAUUUCAGAGCUGCUUGAUUAGGGUUUUGUUCUGAUCCAGUUUGCUAGCUUCGUAAGGUAAUAUGGAUCUUCUAAUGGUCGUACACUCACAUAAAGAUUUUCUUCGAAUGCUUUUAUCCUCUUGUUGUUUUCAAGCUUUCAUAAUGUAUUUUAAUUUGCUAUUCUAGAACUGUGUUGUAAGCUUGUGAUAUCAAUUCUACUUCUCAAAUCCUGCUCUCUUCCCAGUAUUUUUCGAAAUGCCGGCCUCAGUUGUCAUUCUCA